AUUUUGUACAUAUAUAUUGCAAAUCAUGCAAGCCAUCUAUUUGUUUUCCACCUUCGUCUUUCUUCCAAAGCAUUCAAAUAAAGACAUUCUAUUUUUGAGCACUUAUACACUACCCAAAUGAAUUACGUAAAGUCGAAAAUAGCGCAAAAAAUGCGCGUGCCAGAGAUUGCCGACACUGUUCGAUCUCAAAGCGCGAGCCAAUUCUCAAAGUACAGCCAACGUUAUCCUUAUAUGCACCAAACAUUACCUUCCACGACAAUGACCGAUCGUCAAAGAGCCAAGCUUUUGAAAAAGAUCAAAAAACUUUCUAUGUGGUUAGAUAACGCAGUCCCUCAUUCUCCUAUUCCUUUGGGUCUUGACUCCCUUCUAGGCUUUAUUCCAGUUGUAGGAGGACCUAUGGGCGCUUUGUGUUCAUUCUAUCAAAUUUACUUAUCAACAACAUUUGGCAUUCCAUUGUGGUUGUUCAUGUAUAUGCUACUUAAUAUUGCUAUCGACUUCUUAUUCAGCUUGAUUCCUUUUGCCGGCGGAUUUUUCCAUAUGUUCUAUAAGGCAAAUGCUUACAAUUAUCAGGUGCUCGAAGAUUAUGUUCAGUCACCAGAAUACCUGACCAGAGUAAAUUCAGGAGCAGCACAAUCGACUUCAACCAGCACAAAUAAGGCUACAUCUACAGCUCCUGGCGAAAUUACAUGGACACAGUUAGGCAAUGAUAUAAAGAAUAAGAUACCAGUCGAUUCGAUACGAGCUCGUUUAAAUACUGUUAAAACCAAGCAUUAACGCAGUAAAAAUCAAUGUUCUUUUGUCAUUGUAAAUAGCCAUCGAUCCUGCUAUCGUAGUAAAAUAAUAGAAAGGAUUAUAUAUAAAUUCUUAUGUAACUCUUACUAUCGUCAAAUCAAAUAUAUAUGUCAUAAUAUUAAAUCAUUUAAAUAUCUUAAAGCUGGAUGGGUUUUCUUAUGGAGGGUUCUUCAAAAUCUUUGCAGAUCCAAUAUGUGUAUUUUCCUUUUGAUCUGCCGCCUUAAAAAGAAAGGUUCGUAGUAGCAAAUUGGGUAUGCCCGAUUUUCAGAACCCCAAAAAGUAAUUUUGGGAAGCAAAGCUUCUUCAAACGCACAAGUUGC